AUGCUUCCCCAGGAACUAUUACAGGCCGGACCGCCGCCGACGACGCUCCAUAAGGCCUACUAUCCCAGCGUCCACGCCCCAUCCGCACCGCCCUCAAUGCUCACAGGACACCGAAACUCACACCACGAUGUCAUACGGAUACAGAGCAACUCACUCGGUUCCACGGCCAAGGGAAUCAUGAUCGGCAUCUUCUCCGUGCUGGGCGCUGCGGGAGUGUGUCUCAUCAUCGCCGCCAUUGUUUACUAUUUCCGAUACACCAACCAAGGCCGCAUCUUCCUCGACCGGAUAACACGGCCGGGUGAAUAUGACGAUGAGCAGCAAUUUGCCAAGGAGGAGGCCGAGGCACUGGAGGAAAUGGACGAUUUGCAGAGAACAGAGUAUAUGAGGGCAAAAGCCUUUGUGCAGGCUAACCCGCCCGAGUCCGUCCAGACCGACAUAUCCCUCUCACAGUUCCUGGCUAUCCAAGAGAAGGGUGUAUCGGCCUGGGAAUUCGAGCCAGAACUCGAGAUUGCAAACUGCUUCGUAGAGGGCCGGACUGAAAUCGAAUUCUUCGACUCUGAGUGCAGCGUCCAAAGCAACCUACCCAUACCAAAACAGAACGAGGUCUACUACUGGGAAGCCAAGGUCUACGAGAAGCCCGAGAACACUAGCAUCGCGAUUGGCGUGACAACGAAGCCGUACCCGCUUUUCAGGCUACCAGGUUACCACAAGUCUUCGAUAUCAUACAUGUCUAACGGAAAUCGCCGACACAACCAGCCCUUCCACCCUUCUGCCUAUGGUCCUGCUUACGUCCAAGGAGAUGUCAUCGGUGUUGGAUAUCGCCCUCGAACCGGAACCUUGUUCUUCACCCGAAACGGCAAGAAGCUCGAGGACGUCGCCCACGGUCUCAAGACACAAAACUUCUUUCCCACAGUCGGUGCAAACGGCCCGUGCCAGGUACAUGUCAACUUUGGCCAGAUGGGCUUCGUCUUUAUCGAAGCCAAUGUAAAGAAGUGGGGUCUAGCACCGCAAACUGGAAGUCUCGCACCACCACCACCGUACGGAAGUGAACAAGGAUCAAUUUUACUGGACUCUGGUCGUGAAGGUAUAAGAGAGGGCAUGGGCGGAAGUUAUAUGCAAGCAGGAUUCGGGCAUGGACGGUCUAGUAGCCACCAAAUGCGUCUCGGAAGACAAGUACCGACAAGUCCAGGACCCCAACGGAGUCCUACAGACAUCUCACUGGCAGCCCUUAGCCUGGUAGACUCAAACGAAGACAUUGGCGAAGGCUCUAGCGAGGACCACCGAACGACCAUUGCAGCUGAUCAAGGCCUCGGCUUCCUUCAACCUGGCGAACUUCCUCCCGAAUACACUAGUCCUGUUGGCUCGCCUAGCCUAAGAACCACAGCUGAUCGCCAGCAUGGCUACUGGGGCGAGCGAGCUUCGCUCCUACAAAAUCAACAACCAACUGGUCAAACAAGUCCGCCUGUUCCCAGUUACGAUGCUGCAAUGGCAAACACACCAGAGAUCCAACGACCCACUAUCAGAGUGCGUAGCGCAACUGAGGCUGGCGUCCGACCACGACCGAGGCAUCUUUGA